ACAGUCGUCGUAUCAUUAACAUUGUUUUAAACUUUCGAUUAAACGUUAUACGUAUUUUUAUUUAAUGUUCUUUUACUGCUGUUUAUCGUUAAUGUAGCAUAUCUUUUAGUCAAUUGCUUUCGUUUCUAUGAACUUGCCUUAAUAAAACCUGUUAAAGCUUAUAGCUUUAUACAUCUACAUUACGUAGUUGGUACUUUUAUAUAGGAAAAAUAAUAUAGAAGAUAAAAACUGAUAAAAGCUUACGAAUUUGCUCUUAAAAUUCUCUAAUAUACUGCAUUAUAUAUUGUACAAUGUUAAUAUCCAUAUAUAUAUACAUAUAUAUAUAACUUUUAUAGCUUUUAGAAUGCAUGCUUUCAUUUUCUGAAAUCAUUUUUCUGUGUUGACAUAAAAUCAUUUUUAUACUCUUUGUAACAUAUUCCUUGAUAUAUAUUGUAUCAGAUAUAUGUAUAGAUACACAUGAUAUUACCGAUCUACCGUCAAAUGACGUUCCAUACCUAAUGAUAGUUUACAAACUUUAUUAUUAAGAAGCGUCAUUACGUUAUAAAAACAAAGUGCUUCCAUAAACAGCGUAUUUGUUAUUCAGAAUAACAUAUUUCGAAAUCGAUAACAUAAUUACAAAAUUAUGUUAUUAUACCGCAUGGAUUGUAGUUCGAGUUCUUGAAAUCUAACCUUAAAAUGUUCAUAAAGCGUGUUUGUUGAUGUAUAUUUUGAAAUUUGAAAAAGGUGAUAAAUAUUAUAAAUAUUGCUUUCAUAUCUAUUUCUUCAUGUGCUCGAUACCAAAGGCAAAUGCUUUAAAUUCCUUUACUCGAUGUCCUGGAUUAUAUUGUGGAAGGGAAUUACUGCCUGAUGGCAACUGGAGUGACUGUGGUGCAUGUCCUCGAGGGUUCAGGGCAAACGCCACUUCGAUAUGUGUUUCUUGCGAAGACGAACCAAUGCUCUAUGAUUGGUUCUAUUUAGGAUUUGUGGCACUACUGGUAUUAUUAUUACAUUGGGUUUGCAUUGAUAUAAUAUCUAUGAGACGUACUAUACCAAAAAAAGUGUUUGCGUUACAUUUGUCUGCUCUAGUAGAAGUUGUUUCUGCAUCUGUGAUUACUUUACAAGUAACCGAUCCUGUAGGUAGUUUUUCAAUUAGAUCAUGUAGAAUUACAAAACUCUCAGACUGGUACACAUUGUUUCACAAUCCUAGCCCAAAUUAUGAAGAAACUCUGCAUUGUACACAGGAAGCUGUUUAUCCGUUGUACACAAUGGUGUUUAUUUUUUAUGCUUUAGGAACAGCUAUAAUGUUAAUAAUAAGGCCAAUUAUAGCCAAGAAAUUCUUACCAAAGAAAGGAAAAUUUACAAUUUAUGCUGCUCUUUAUUUCUAUCCCAUUUUAGCUUUAUUACAUGCAGUUGGCGGUGGUAUAAUAUAUUAUUCAUUCCCAUAUAUAACUAUAACACUGUCUAUACUAUUUAAUGCAGCACAUUUUUCAUUUAAAUUAAAUCAGUCAAUGAAAGCAUUGUUGUUGAGCUGUGUAUCAGAUAUAAAAAAUGUAAUAAUUAUUUUAAGUCAUUGGAUGUUAUAUGGAUACGGUUUAGUAGCUGCCGCAACUUUCCGAGAUCUCGGCAUUCAUCCAGCAUUGAUUGCUUUAGUUCCUUUACCUGCAUUGUUUUAUAUUAUUACUGUAAGAUUCACAGAUCCGCAUAAACUUCAUAUAGAAUAAAUACAAUUAUAAAACCUA